GACCUCAUCAAAGAUGGCUGUUGGAAGAGCACCUUUUUAUUAGGCUCUUAUCACUCAGUCCUCACUGGAGUGUUGCGGUUCGCCUCUGAGAUGGCGGCGGCUGAGCUGGAGUACGAGUCUGUCCUUUGCGUGAAGCCUGAUGUCAACGUGUACCGCAUCCCGCCGCGAACCUCGAACCGCGGAUACAGGGCAUCUGACUGGAAACUGGACCAUCCGGACUGGACAGGGAGACUUCGUGUCACCUCCAAAGGCAAAACUGCAUAUGUAAAACUAGAGGAUAAGGUUUCAGGGGAGCUCUUUGCCCAGGCUCCCAUUGACCAAUAUCCUGGCAUUGCGGUGGAGACUGUGACAGAUUCCAGCCGUUACUUUGUGAUUCGGAUUCAGGAUGGGACUGGACGAAGUGCUUUUAUAGGCAUUGGUUUCACAGAUCGUGGUGAUGCCUUUGACUUCAAUGUGUCUUUGCAGGAUCACUUCAAGUGGGUAAAGCAGGAAACUGAGAUCUCCAAGGAGACCCUGGAAGCUGACACACGUCCUAAAUUGGAUUUAGGCUUCAAGGAAGGGCAGACCAUCAAACUGAACAUUGGGAACAUGACAACAAAGAAAGGAGGAGCAGCCAAGCCUCGUGUGUCUGGAUCAGGGGGCCUAAGUCUGCUGCCACCCCCGCCAGGAGGCAAAAUUGCAGUCCCUUCGAUCCCUCCUGCUUCUUCCGCAUCCAUUGCCAACCAUGUCACACCACCACCCAUGCUGAAAUCCAGUAACAUGAGCAGCACAGAUAUUCUGUUAGACUUAGAUGCUCCUACAUGUGCAUCCAAGACACCAACAUCAACUACCACAGAUAUCUGGGGAGACUUCAACACUGCAUCCAGUGGUGUUCCUAAUCAGUCUCCUCAGCAGUCCAACUGGGUCCAGUUCUGAAUGGUUAAAGCAGUGGAAUGGAAUAAACUGAUGACCAGGAGUCUAGAGGCACAAAUGGAGUCACAGGGGCACAAACCUCACCAGUCUGCAAUCAAAAACAAGUCAGGACUUUUUUCUUUAAGCCAGAUCUUCACUUCAGUCAGAACUUACUAUUUUUAAUUCCCACAGUGAAACCCACUGAACCUGAAGAGAAUAUCCUGACUCCUCACAAGGUGAGCAAAGGAAAGAGAGCUUCAUCUCUUCUACUCACUUGGCUUUUGCAAAGUACAUCCAGGCUCUUCUCUAUUUUUUCAUAUAAGGAAAGCAAGUAUCCUGAGGAAAGUGCAUACAGGAGGAGUCUGGGUAGAUGUCUAUCGGUUCUUCGUCCUUUAAAUUUUUUGGUUACAAACUACUUUCUGCAUCCGCUUUCAAUAACGACUUGUGCUGAAGGCUGCAAUUUUAAAUGGAAGCUGUAAGCUAUCAUGUUUCUCCUGAGUCUUAACACGAAAUGCCAUUUGAUUAAUUAUGUCUGUAGUAAGGAGUGAAUCUCGCCGCGCAUGCAGUGCACUUCCUUUCUUUGGUGCAUUUCUUGAUAGUACUGGAUGUUUUUGUCCUCCUAUGGGAGGAAUUGUGCAAGCGCUUGAGUAGACUCGCUGCCACUAUGAUUUAGCUGGAGCUGGACACCCCAUCAUGAGGCUCCUUGCUUAGCUUGCAGAUUCACUGGAGGAAUUUCUCACAUUCUCUUGUUCCUUUUCCCCUCUUCCUUCGGGGGUUAAAAAAAAAAAAAAAACCCUCAUUGUCAGUGAGCUGUUUAAAUGGAAAUAGCUUUGGUGGGAAAAAGAAAAGCUUGGUUUUGUAAUUAGGUAGUUACUUGCACUAGAUGUCAAUCCAGUUAUCCCACUGCUCAGCAUUUCAUGUUCCUGUGACACUCUACUGAGCCCUGACCUUUAUUUGUCAAGUGAUACUUGUUAACUUCUCACUGUUACAAGUAUUGCAUAUUCAGGCCACAGUAAGGACCAUGGUAGGACAGGGGGUUAAUUUCUGGUGGAGGGACAGUCACUCUCCUGUUUUUAGCUCUUAAUCAUUUGGGCAAGAAAUGUAUGGUAGGCCCAAUCUUGAACUGUGACAGCCAAGUUACCCCACCUGGGUUCCUUGUGGAUUUUCUUCUAAGAAAAGUUCCUGAAGGCUCUUUGUACACUAUUUCAUCUUCAGCAGCUGUGGAUGUGAUCUGGGGUGUAAAUCUGCUAAUAAAUUUGGGAAAGCCUGCUGGCAGGCUGAAAGUCUCCCUAACCCCUCCAUGCUAACUGUCAAGCCAAAGCACUAGCCAGGAUGAUGGUCACAAUGACUAGAACGCUAGCACUUUGCUGCUUCACUAGAAGGCUUUUUCCCAUUUUCAACAACAAGCCAGCUCAGCAUCAACACUUUCAUAACUGGGAUAUGCAAGUAAAUAGUGCCCUUUGAAAUUAACGUUUCCUGGUGAGAAUUUUGAAAGAGAGAGUAGUUAGUUGUAUGUACCUUGCAUUUGCAAAACUCUGAUAUCUGUUUUCUCCCUUUACUACUCUGAGGGCAUUUUGGGGACUACGUUUCACUGAGACCAUCACUCUUGGAAGUAAAACUAUUUUUGAAAAUCUCUUCACUUCUUGUGGUAGUGGGGACAAGACUGCUCUUAGAUGUAUUUUAAGCACUCAUUAAGUCCUGAUAACCUGGCUUUCUUGGUGUUCCCGUUUCUCCCUUCCUUCUGCCCUCCCCCCCACCUUCCAAGUCAUUUCUGCAAUCUUAUUAUACUUAAGCUCCUUGCCUGCUCAGAAUCUGUGGGUGGCAAUAAUAUGCUAGCUAAGCCAUGGACUCCACUGACUGGCUUUUUCCCCCACCUCAUAGCAUUGGCAGGUCCUGUCAUUUCAACUACAUAACAGUUCUCCAAACCAAGGAUGUUCAUAGUACCAGUUAAAACUCAUUAGGAGCCUCUUCCAUGUUGUCUUAGUAUUCUGGAGAUAAUAUAUGAUGUAUUUGAAAAAAUAAAAAGACAAAAAUUAAAGAUAUGUAUAUAAAGCAUAAAAUGUAUUGGUGAAAUGGUAAUUAAACAAAUAACCUUGGGGAAAAGAGUA